UGCUGCGAGUCCAUCGACGGACGGCGAUCUCUCCUCCGCGGCCCCCAGCCCCAAAUCAGCCAAACAAACGGAUUUUCUGGCCUUUCGGGGCCAGCGGGGGCGACGCAGUGGGCGCCGAAGCACGUUUGGCGGCGCCGACACGAGGAUCGGGGCCGGGGCGCGCGGCCCGCGGCGGCAGGUGCGCCGAGAAAGCUCGUUGAAGGAGCAGCUGCUGCUCAACAAUAGACUGCAGAUGGCCCGAGGGGCGGGUUAGUCACUCUUCUUGGCCCCAACAAUCACUACCCUCAAGAUACAGAAGAUAGAUCUGCUAGUCUGCUCGUCGACAUGCAACCCUCGGCCAUGCCCUCGAGUAUGGACGAGGAGCUGUGGCGGGCCCACAAGAGACGCAGCGCCGGCCCCAAUCUGUGGCGCGGCCCCGACGGCGCCAACAACAACAAUGCACCCCAGCAGAUCACCCAGGAACACACGUCGACGAGGGUGUCGUACGACAUGCAGUGCUGGAGUCGGGGCGGCGUGCCCUGCACCUGCGGUUCGUGUCGCUCGCCGAACGCCGCCAUGAUCAAGAAGGGCACGGCCACCACCUCACGCUCUGACGUGAUGAAGCGCUUCCGAGCGCAGCAGCAAGCGUACGAGCUGUCGCCAGACCUGCUGGAGAAGCAGGUGGAGAUGCUGGAGCGCAAGUACGGGGGUGCCAAGGCGCGGCGCGCCGCCCUCGUCAUCCAGCGCGCCUUCAGACGCUACAAGCUGGUGCGGAAGUUCGCGGCCAUCACCGCCAUGGCCAAGGCCGAGAAGCGACUCAGCCGCAGACUCGAGGGCACCCCUGGCGAGUGGUCGCCCUCGCACCACUUCUACCAGCUCGGGGCGCCGCAGCGGCCCGUCUUCCAGGCCCCCCCAGACCAGCACCCGCCCUGCGACCAGUGCGCCAGCGAGGCCGAGGUCGUCAUCAGGAACAACUUUGCAGCCCUCUACAGAGACCUCAGCGACCCCAAGCCCGCCGCCGCCGGUCACUCCAACAGACCGCAAUCAAUGCGCGAUCGCAGGGGCAACAGUGUGCCCUCGCCCCGCCAGGACGAGAUGACCCCGAAGCAGCAGCAGUCUCUGCCGCCCCACAUCCACCCUGCGCAGUUGCCGCGGAGCCAUUCCGAGGCGGAGGACGGACCUUCGUACAGCCAGUUCGAGGAAUACUGCGCCUACUACUGCAGCCAUCAGCAAUUCUCAGAGCCCGUCGUGCUCACCACUGCUACCCAUUAUUAUGCCAAAGAGGAGACUGAGGUUCGCCGCAUGGCGACGCCGACGACGAUAAUCACGGCGCCCCGUCCAGUGAGCAACAAAUCAACCACGAGCACGCCGCGCCUCCACACGUCUACCACAAGCGCAACGAGCGGGGGCUCGCCGGUCCCUGCGUCUCAAGACUGGGGUCCACCCCACUGCAAGAAGGUGCCGCCUGAGGUGCCAAAGCGGACAACGUCGAUCCUGAGUCAGCGCGCCAAUUCCAGCAGUCCCAGUCCCUCCAUCAAUUCGUCGAGGAACAACAACUCGUCGCUGCUCAACGGCUCCUCGGUCAUGAGUUCCUCCAUGGAGAGCAGCAACUUGUCCAUCAGUGAUAGCAGCAUAUCUUUGUCCACGGAACGUUCCGAGAGUGAAGUCUGGACUAGAAAAACACAGAUGUGUCUGUUGCAGUCGCCGGAGCUGAGCGCCGUCUCGGCAGCGGCUCGUGAAGAGACCCCCACCCUGCAGGCGCAGCACGUCCAGCUGAGGGCCCUGAACGAGUCUCAGGUGUCGUUGUUCAAAGUGCCCGAGACGGUUCGCAAGCGGCAGUACCGCGUCGGCCUCAACCUCUUCAACAAGAAGCCCGAGAGGGGAAUCAACCACCUGAUCCGCAGGGGCUUCCUCGAGAACUCGCCGCAGGGCGUCGCCAGGUUCCUCAUCACCAGGAAGGGUCUCUCCAAGCAGAUGAUUGGCGAGUACCUCGGCACCCUGCAGAACCCUUUCAACAUGGCUGUUUUAGAAUGUUUUGCUCAGGAAAUGGAUCUGUCUGCGAUGACGGUAGACGUGGCCCUGCGGAAGUUCCAAACGCACUUCCGAAUGCCGGGCGAAGCUCAGAAGAUUGAGCGUCUGAUGGAGGUCUUCGGGCAAAGGUACUGCCAUUGCAACGACGAGGCCGUGUCGCGCCUCCGCAGUCCAGACACAGUGUUUGUCCUCGCCUUUGCCGUCAUCAUGCUCAACACCGAUCUGCACACGCCCAACCUCAAGCCCGAGCGACGCAUGAAGCUCGAGGACUUUGUCAAGAACCUUCGCGGAAUCGACGACGGCGCGGACAUUGAGCGUGACCUGCUGGUUGGCAUUUACGAGCGGGUCAAGAACUCCGAGUUCAAGCCCGGACACGACCACGUCACGCAGGUCAUGAAGGUGCAGUCCACAAUAGGUGGGAAGAAACCGAAUUUGGCAUUGCCUCAUCGAAGAUUAGUUUGCUACUGCCGACUAUAUGAAGUGCCCGAUAUCUAUAAGAAAGAGCGACCAGGCUUGCAUCAGCGAGAGGUCUUCCUGUUCAACGAUCUGCUGGUCAUCACAAAAAUCUUUAGCAAGAAGAAAAGUUCAGUCACAUACUCGUUUAGAGAGAGCUUCACUUUGUGCGGCAUGAUGGUCUCAACAUUUGAAACACCCCACUACCAAUUUGGUAUCCGACUGAGUCAGCGAAUGGACAACAGGGUGCUGGUCAUGUUCAACGCGCGCAACGAGCACGACAGGUGCAAGUUCGCCGAGGACUUGCGCGAGUCCAUCUGCGAGAUGGACGAAAUGGAGAAUUUGCGCAUCGAAGCCGAGCUGGAGCGGCAGAAGAGCGGGCGGCGCCGCGCCGUGGCCGAGAACCGUGACAGCGGGGUGGCCGACGUGGAGGUGGCUUUGUCGCCCACCGUGGCCACGCCUCACCCAAACGCCAUGCCGCAGGCGUGUCCCGUCCCUGCCCCGGGGGACAGUAGCCCCGCGGACACGACUUGCGGCCUUGGGGGCCAGCAGGAUGGACUCAAGCGCUCGGCGCUCAGCAACUCCCUGCUCGACAUCCACGAUCAAUUUAACGGGGAGAAGCCUCAGCGGCGCGGCAGUGUCGGCUCCUUGGACAGUGGCAUGUCCGUCUCGUUCCAGUCAACCUCGGCCAGCACCCUGAGCAGAGACUCGUCUCCGCAGAACAUGCAGCCGGCCACUCAGCCACAGCAGUACCAACAGCGGCCGCCGCAAAAGUCGGCGCCUCACCUCAGCAGUCAACAGCAGCAGUCAUUUCUGGGCGGCAUUUUUCACAAAAGGCGGCCGACGCGUCCCGAGGACAACUUUUGCGCCGCCGGCUGCAGAAGCACCGAGGUUUAAAGGGCCGGAGAAGACUGUAUAAUUUUGAAAGAGAGAAACUGCCAGAAUUUCAAGGGAGGGUCAAUAUCACUAAAACUAGUCGUUGCAAGUUGAAAUAUCGGAAAAUUGGGUGAAAUUUUUUUUUACAGAAGUCAUCGAAAAAGUCCUGCUCAAUCUCAAUAAUUGGUCACAAACUCCGGUUCUGCACAAAAGUCGAUGGCGCUUUCUCUUUUUCGCCCCCACAAGACAAAAGACGGUCUCUCUGCUCGCAAAAUGUAUGAGAAUUAAACCAAAGAGCUGUCUCGGUUCCGGCUCAGCCCUUACUUUGCAAAAUGAUCUGGUCACAAGUAAUAAUCAUGUAUUGUGUAACUACUAGUAAUUGUUGAGUGCCUGAUAAGUGAUACAUGUCAAUGAUGAUAUUAUUUUACGAACAAGUAGUCUCUUCACUCUGUUCCCUCACCGCACUAAUCCUAUUUUAAUUCUUAAUUUUGUGUUCUCUGUAGUUUUUCUCUAUUCAGCUCUUGAUUAAUUUGAUCUUCCUGUGUGUCGUGGUAGCUAAAUUUUUUCUGUUAAGUUAGUCAGUCCGUCAGGGCUGUGAUCAAUCCGGAUUCCUUACCUUCAUACUGAAAAUUUUGAGAGAAAAAAAGAAAAUGGGACCAAUAAUUGCAGGAAGUCAUUCCAGCUGCAAACGAUCUCAGCAUUUCCUCAACCCCCAAAAAGGAAUUCGGCCUGAUUUACAUCCCUGGCCCGCGAGUGUCGAUCUGACUUUUGUACCUUUACUUUUGUGUGUGGAUGUUUCUCUCGUCGACGGAUUAUUUAUUGACCACUGCAUGAAGCUAUGCAAACAGUCGUUUUUCUCACAUCACCUCUUUUGUAAUUAUUAUUAUUUAAAAAAAAAAUUAAGCUGAGAAAAGAUAAAAGAAAUGUCAAGUACUCUAGCAUGCAUGCCUCUUGUCUAUAAAUAUAAUAAUAGUUCGUUAGAAGUGUAUCAAUCAAACUAUUUAAUUAACUUGCGCCUCUGCAGGGCAACAGUACUAAUCAAUUAAUUAAUUAACAAUGCAUUCAUUCGACUACCAUGUGAUGUUAAUGUCAUUAUACUAUUAUCAUUUAUAUCUUUUAAUUUGCAUAAUUUAAGCCGCAUUAUCCCUGGAUGAGUUUUUUUUUUUGUGUGUCUCCCCCUGUGUAUUAGUAUUAUUAUUAUUUCGAUCGAGGAAGUACAUUAAUUGUUUUCACUUGUGAUAUAACAAAAUAUAAUAUCAACUUGAGUAAUAAAAUAAUGCAAUGAGAUAAUCCUUA